AUGUCUCCCAAUCCUUCCUCUCAGUCUCAGCCUCAGCCUCAGCUUCCCCGUCUCCUCUUGUCAGAUGUGACCCAGAAAAGAAGCAUCGAAAUCAGACGAAAGAAACGUGCACGGAGGUUGAAAGAUUAA